GUCGAAGGACAGUCUAGGCAGCUAUGCUUCUUCGUCCCAGAAUCGCUACGCUGUGGGAACUAGUGUUAAGAAUGAAGAUGAUUGCUUCAGUAGAAUAUACUAGGGAGUAGUGUUUAUGGUAAGGGCACUGAUUUCCGACUUCAGAAGAAUUUUUCUUUGUCAUUUGUUCAUCUCGAUUGCGUUCUUCUAUCUGGACAAGCAAGGCUCAUUUAGAGGGAGACUCCUUGCCUGAGAUGUAGUUGAUUUUUUCUCAAAGGAAGACGAAAGAAACUUGUCACUGCUCGGCUGCUGGAGAAGUGUCUCUUGAGACCCAGAGAGGCCGUGACGACUUCUCUUGGAUGACCUUUACUGCAGAGCGGAGGCUGAAAUAGUCAAUACUCUUACAUCAUGGCUGAAAUAGUCAAUAAUCUAACCUCAUGGCCAGUGGUACGACUGCGGCUCACGCCAGAAAUGGGUCUCUCUCUGGCGGUCGCGUAUCAGUAGAGCUAAUGGGAAAUUUGCAGGUUGUUCUGCUAGAGUUAUGGAGUGUACUAGAGGUGGCGACCCUGCUUUAGAAGUAGCUAAUCGUGCAGGUGUGUAGUGGAAGCAAGUCAUAGAAGGACACUGGUGGCUGGUGAUAAGUGGCGCAGCCUGCCAGCAUGCCCCUGCUGAUCAUCGACUCAUGCAGUCAGUACUUCAGCAUGCUGGGGCAGCCUGCCCCUGCUGAUAGUUGAUUCAUGCAGUUGAAAUCGAUUGUUUUUUCAGCAUACUGGGGCAGCCUGCCCCUGGUGAUAGUAGACUCAUGAAGAUGAAGGUGAUCGCUGUGGAGAGGAGAGGCCAACUGAUGGCAGUGCAUUCAUUUCAACUGCGUUGAUAGGCAUUUGAAUUGAAUUAAAACAAGAUAAAGUCGAAAAUUUUAUAUUUGGGACUUUCAAACAACAUAUGUGGGACUUUCAACGAACUAAAAUUGGCACCUCUAUGCUAGUACAUUCAUAGCCGUCGUUGGAUUUCAAAAUUUCUUAGAUACAACUUAAGAUCAUUGCAAGAAAAUUCAAAAUUUGUGACUCUUAUAUGUCUGAAGUUUGUCUAGUACUGGUUUGGUUGGAUCUUCGUAGCCUCACGAAUGGGUAAGCUGCUACUCGCUACUACUACUUCUAGAAGUUGCCGUUUACGUUUUGUUGGGCCAUUUCUAUGCAACAAAGAACACAGCAAAACUCUCUUGUCAAUGAUUCGUGCACGACCUCUUUUGUUAUUGCUGCCUGCGUGUACUACUAUUACUACUCCUACCUGUACCUCGCUAAUCUAGGACUUGAAAGCUUCUACUGUGGUGCCACCUGUAAUUUCGGCUUCUGGAGGAGCGGGCACUUCUCAUUCGGUCUACGGCAGUCAACAACGUUCUUCAACGAGUGGCGGACCUGGGGGAAUGUGUAGUUAAGGCUCAAAACGAUCCAGUUCGAAGUGUGGUCAUCUUUCUUCGUUUUCUUCUUGGGAUUCUGAAAAAAUGAGCUUAGGAAAUGAAGCGCUUUGGGCUCUAAUAUAGUGGCGG